AUGUAUAUGGCAAAGCCAACAACUUCUACCGCUAGACUAUCUCUAGUUUUAGAUGAUAUCAUACCCUCAUUAAAGGAGUAUACAUUUUCUAAAGAAAAGUCGUUACAUGAAGGAAAACUUUACUGGAAAAAUAGAAAAACUGUUUCAUCGUGCAACAUGUGUAGAACUUUGAUUAGUAACAAAAACCGGAAUAAGGCAAAAGAAAAUAUUGAAAAAGAAAUUAAACGACACCAAAAUCUCGCUUAUACCCAAGAUCAACUUACCGACGUCUUAUUAGACUUUCUGGAUCCUUAUGAGGAUUUUGACAAUGCAAAGCUAUGCUCACAAGUUUUAAAUAUAGACAUCGCUGUUUUUCUUAAUUCUUUUAUCGAUCACAUUGAAACAAGUAACGAAGAUGAAUUGAAUAAACUUAUUGCUUAUCGAAUCAUAAAACUUGUGUCAAAGGCUGAUGGAUUC